AAACUUGAUCGAGAAAGAGAAUAUUGUAGCAAAAUUGGUGGCGACACAACUUGUAUAUUUUUGUUAUUUUCAAAUUCUACCUGUGUAGUUGGAUGCGCGUGCGUGCCCUUUUUGCAUAAAUGGUUUGAAAGAGAACUUGUCUUUUUUCAAAAUUAUCCAUUCUUUCCCUACUUCACCUACUUUAAAUAAUUUAAUCAUGCUCAAUCUAAGAAAAUCAGUCCUCGCGCGUGGCGUUAAGAGAAUAAGUAAUGCAGAUUGUACCCCCGUAAAGUGGUCGAAGUAUUAUAGUAAAGAGGAAUUGCUGCAUAUUAAUGGCAGUGAAUUCAACGUGUACUUUUGCGGUAGUACUGGACCAGUAUUAUUACUUAUACACGGCGGAGGGUACUCCGCUUUAACUUGGUCUCUUUUCGCUGAGGAUAUAACACAUAAGAUUGACUGUCAAAUCUUGGCUGUGGACUUACGAGGGCACGGAAGCACAAAAACGGACGAUGAAUCUAACCUUUCAUUGGAUGUUCUAGCGCAAGAUAUUGAAUUGGUUGUUUCCACCGUGUAUGGAGACAAUCCUCUUCCAAUUGUGUUAAUAGGGCACAGUUUAGGCGGUGCAGUGGUGGUGGAGGUGGCUUCGCGAAUAUCUGCUGUGGUCGGCGUGUGUGUUAUCGAUGUCGUCGAGGGAACCGCAAUAGAAUCACUUUCAUCUAUGCAGAGUAUUUUACGGGGAAGACCCAACAGUUUUAGCAGUAUUGAACAAGCAAUUCAGUGGAGUUACCGAAGCGGGCAAACCCAUAAUAUGGAGGCCGCGAAAGUUUCAAUGCCCGGUCAAAUUAAAAACUGUAGGACAAAUGAGUUAGCUGCAAGGGAAACUUGGGACAAAAAUAAAUUGAAUACCGAAAUCGCCGAAAAGGUGUGUCGACAUUCGGAUGUGAUACGCGAAGAAGAUGAGGAUCCAGAAAACGAGACUGUGGACGCUACGAAAAAUAGUUCGCCCGUCUUUGAAGUGCCGAAUACGAGUAGCAAAUAUACAUGGAGAAUUGAUUUGAGUAAAACCGAAAAUUACUGGAUUGGUUGGUUUAAAGGGCUGUCUCAAAAGUUUCUUAAUAUUCGUGUGCCAAAAGUAUUGUUAUUGGCUAACAUCCAUGGGCUUGAUACCGCCCUAACAGUGGGUCAAAUGCAGGGAAAAUUCCAGUUGCAAGUGCUACAACGUUCCGGACACGCAAUUCACGAAGAUCAACCCCAUCAAGUUGCCGAUAUUAUCGCUGGAUUUUUAGUUAAGCAAAAACUUGCAGUGGCUAAGAAUGAUUUUACCCCCGCAAUGCCAGGAUGUUAACCCUAGAGUAUAAAAGAUCUAUAUUUUUAUGGAGAUAGUUUAUUUUAUAUACCUGAGCCUAAAAUUGUACAGUUACUAGAAAUAAGUGUUCAAUUCUUAUGUCAUAAUUGUGAGAAAGAUGUAGGCCGAAUAAUUUUGUAUUUAAAAGCAACUAGAAAGAAAAAUUGUAUCGUAAUUUUGGUUAAAUGUGUUUGUUUCGUAAUUGAAAUCAUUAAUUUAUUAAAAACGUCUGAUAAC